GGGGUGGAGGGCCACCUAACCACAAACUCUCGCGAUAUCCGGCGCUGCUGCUGCUGUUGCACGGUCUCCUCCAAUCAGCGCCUGCUGCUGGAGCCCGCGGCGAAUGAGGGUCCUGGUUUCCUGUCACCAAAAGUUGGGAGGUUUUUGUCCACAAUGAAUACAUAUGCUGUUAGAGUGAAAACAUGGUUGUUCUCUACAUGGCAUGUUAAAGUUCCUGAUCCGUGGUUAGAAGCUUGCAUUAACUGGAUUCAAGAAGAAAACGGCGGUGGUUCUCUGUCCCUGGCUGAAAUCAAUAAACAGGUUUUUGAGCAAUGGCUACUUACUGAUUUAAGAGACUUGGAACAUACAGUGUUGCCAGCUGGUGUUUUAGAGUCUUUGAAAUUUGAAUUAAAUGGUUAUUAUGCUUUACAGUUAGAUUCUUUAGUUGACGUGAGCCAGCCAGCAUACUCACAGCUUCAAAGUUUAAGAGGAAGAGGUAAUGGGAAUGACCAGGUUACUGCUACAACACAAGCAUCACAACCAUCUUGGGAAUCAAAGCCAUCUCGUAUGCUCAUGCUACAGUUAACAGAUGGAACUCAAAAUAUACAAGGAAUGGAAUACCAGUCUGUACCAGCACUUCAUUCUGGCCUUUCACCAGGGACCAAAAUCUUGCUACAGGGUAUCAUAUCUUGUCGUCUAGGCGUCCUCCUCCUCAAACCUGAAAAUAUCAAAGUUCUUGGAGGUGAAGUGGAAGCUCUUGUAGAGGAGUAUGCACAAGAUAAAGUUCUUUCAAGGCUAAUUGGGAUGGAAGAAAAUCCUAUGCCACUGAGAACAGCUGUUCAAGGUCAGGUUACCGGAAGGCCACAGGAUGCAAUACAUCAAGCAUUAGGAUUAUCAGAUGAUGAUCUGUUAGCAAGUCUUGAUGAGAAUGAUGAGUUGACGGUAAACAACGAUACAGUUCCUGAAAGUGGGUACUGUAGUAGGAACGACCAUUCAAGUUCUAAUUCAAGUAUUUCAUACUUAGACCAACCUCAAGCCCAAGUGUCAAGGAAUAGACAAGACCGAUUUCUAACUUCAAAUGAACCUGCUCAAGUUUAUGUAAGAAAUAAUUUAGAGGACGUAUAUGAUUUAGAUGACGACUUGUUUUUGGAGGAAGAAAUUCAGAGAGAAUUAGAGGAAAUGUCAAUGGACCAAGCUGAGAUCACAAACAGAAAUCAAAAUUCAUCUACAGGAAUAUUAGCUUCUACAGCUAUUACUUCCCAUAAUUUCUCUACUAGUUUGACCUCAACAGAUAAUUUUUUCUCAGAUGACCUGAGUAGUCCUCCGUUCACUUAUUUGUCAGCUGUGUUCUCUAACAAAAGUGACACAAUAAAAUAUGUGAAGCUGAAAUCCUUUAUUGUAACUCUCAAUGGAAAUCUCACCAGUAGCAGCGGCUUUUGGUGUAUAAAAGCCAAAAUAUCUGAUGGAACAGGUUACAUGGAUGUGGAGUUCAGCAAUGAUGUUCUUACAAAGCUUAUAGGGUUUUCAGUACCUGAAAUGAAAAUACUUAAAAGGGAUCCUAGCCAGCAGAAUAAACUUAUGACCGGUCUUCAAAAGUGUCAGAGGGAGCUUACUGACUUCUGUGGAUUAAUGAGCAUUUCAUACAAUCUGAAAACGUCUGAAGCAAGUGUACUUGCUCUGCAAGAUGUUAAUGAAGAAACUAGACUUUGUUUAAGCAGGCGCUUAAAUAUGUAAUAGUCCUCUUUAGUUGCAAGUCACUUGUCAUUUUUCCUAACUUUUUGUUAUAAAAUAGCUACUUGUGAUAUGCACAAAUGGGAUGAAAUGUGCUGGUUGACAAUCUAAAUGUUGACAAGAAUUAUGGGGCACCUGGAAGACAGACACUACAAUGUCAGCAAUACUACUUUACAGCAUUUUACACCCACCACCAGUACAACUGUAAACAUGAUGAUUAACCAUUGUGUUUACCGUAGUAGAGACAGCACAUGUAAAAUGCUUUUAGUAGCAUUAUUACCCUUGUUGACAUAGCGAUGCCUGCAUUGCUGGGUGCCCGUACUGCUUAUCGACAUUUUGCUGAUCAACCAGCACAAAUAUAUAUGAGCAUUAAAGAUAUUUCUGUUAAAGGAGUCGUAAAGGAGUCUUUGGCUAGAACUUCCUGUGUAGCCCUACUAAAUGACACAGCAGCAAGACUCUCAGGUGUAAAUGUUUGAGAUACUUUAUGUACAGAAGAGCAUACACUCGUGUACAGAACUAUGAACUAGCAGUGUGACACAUAUCAAGUACUUUCCCAGUGUAUUGAGAUUUUUAUAUGUCUAUUUAAAAGUUAUUUACGUAGUGCCCAGUGCACUGUUUAAAUAUAAUUUGUGGAAUUGUUUUACACUCCCCCUUAAAAUUAUUUUCUCCUAUUUCAUAAGCUCCCUCAAAUCAAGAAAGUUGAGGGAAGACUGUGCUUACAAGUGUGGACAGACUAAAGUUAACAUACAGUAGCAUACAGUUUUUAUGUGGUGUUAAGUAAAGAGUGUACAACUUUCCUGUUUUGACAGAUUCUCUUUUUAGAAAUGUAAUAUUCUUUUUGUUUUCAUAACUUUUUCAGGUUUUUUUAAGCUUUAUAUCAGACUAUACACAACCCAUUCUCGAUUGCGCUAAUGAGAAGGAACCACAUGUAAUCUCUCAAUUGAAUAUUAUAUAGUAUUUUUUUUUCUUAUUCCUUAAUAUAAGUUACAAAAUAACCCUAUUCUCAGGAUAGGUAACCUUCCUAGCAUACUAAACCAAAGUAUUCAUAUUUCAUUUAUAUUGUUCAGAUUCCUGUAAGUAGGGUUCUAUUUCUUUCGUUAAGUACUCCGUCAUUGGCUUUCUGUUGGUCUGACUUUGUACAUUUUGUAGUAUUUUGUCUUGUUUAAACGAAUAUACUUUUUCACUGGUUAUUUUUCUAAAAUGUAUUAAAAUGCUUUUGUUUUA